GUUUUAUAUCUUCCCUUUCAGGAGUCAUCUUUGCUAUCUAAACUCAUGGCGUGAAGUUCUCUACAAUUCCAUCAUUCCAAACGUUUAAUCCACGACAGAAAGCCUUUUUAAAAUCCCUUUCCUUUCGGAUUAAUCAUGAAAUCCAAUCAUUACACAUUCAAACAUGAGUCUCGUUAAAGUCGCCACUUUCACUCAACGUUUGUUCUUAGUCACAUGCUUUCUGGCACCCUUCCUUGCAGCAGCUCCUACUUUGCUGUUUCAGGGGUUCAAUUGGGAUUCAUGCAACAAAGAUGGUGGAUUAUACAAUUCCCUCCUUGACUCCAUUGAUGACCUCGCCGCUGCCGGAAUUACUCAUGUUUGGCUCCCACCUCCCUCCCAAUCCGCUGCACCACAAGGAUAUUUGCCAGGACGUUUAUACGAUCUGAAUGCAUCAAAAUACGGGAAUGAAGAACAACUGAAAUCUUUGAUCAAAGCUUUAAACAACAAGGGAAUCAAAUCCGUUGCAGACAUAGUUAUAAAUCACAGAACAGGAGAAAAACAAGAUGGAAGCGGAAAAUACUGUAUCUUCGAGGGUGGGACUUCAGAUGAGCGACUUGAUUGGGGAUCUUCCAUGAUUUGCAAAGACGACGACUAUUGCAUUGGCAAUGGAAAUCUCGACACCAGAGGUCCCUUUACAGGUGCCCCAGACAUCGAUCACGUAAACCCUACAGCCCAAAAGGAGUUAUCUGAUUGGAUGAACUGGCUCAAGACAGAAAUAGGGUUUGUUGGGUGGCGAUUUGAUUACGUAAAAGGAUAUUCCUCGAGUUUCACCAAGAUCUACAUGAGCAACACCUCUCCAGAUUUUGCAGUUGGAGAGCUAUGGAGCUCGUUAGCUUAUGGGCAAGAUGGAACAAAACCAGAUUACAAUCAAGAUAACCAUAGAAAUGAACUUAUGAAGUGGGUGGAAGAAGGUGGUGGUGGCGCGUUAACAGCUUUUGAUUUUACUACAAAGGGUAUACUUCAAGCAGCUGUGCAAGGUGAGUUAUGGAGAUUGAUCGAUCCAAAUGGUAAACCUCCUGGGUUCAUCGGAAUUAUGCCUGCGAAUGCUGUGACAUUCAUCGAUAACCAUGAUACAUACUCGCAAAAUCUUUGGCCAUUUCCUUCUGAUAAAGUUAUGUUAGGAUAUGUUUACAUUCUUUCUCAUCCAGGAAUCCCAUCGAUUUUCUACGACCAUUUUUUCAGUUGGGGGUUGAAGGAAGCAAUCAUAAAUGUAUCAGCGAUUAGGGCAAGGAACAGGAUAGGAGCAACGAGCCAAGUGAAGAUAUUGAAAUACGAAGCUGAUCUGUAUGUUGCUGAGAUUGAUGAAAAAAUCAUGGUGAAAAUCGGAUCAAAAAGAUGAUCUUGGAAAUCUUAUUCCAGAGAACUUUGAGGUUGCUACCUCUGGGUUGAACUACGCUGUAUGGGAGAAAAAACCAUAAAGUUUGAAUGAAGCAAUUGUUGUAUGUUGUAAUAAUACAAAAUACUUAAUAAAUUGUUGUAAUAAUAUAAAAUAUUUAAUCAAAUUGAUAACUAAAACGCGG